AUGGCUGGGAACUAUAAUCACGUCAUGAAGAAGCCAUGGAAAGGGCACAAGCCUCCUGCUCUCGAGUCAUUCCCUUCGAUCGAAUCCUCGGAUUCCGGACCUCCAGCGCUCGUUUCCUCCUCCAUGAGCUUUCGUCACUUGCUUUCCCGGCCCCUGAUCGAAGCGCCGUGCGAUCCGUCGUAUCCGCCGUCCGUUUCCGCUAUUUCCAGAGCUCCUUUGAUUUCCCAUCGUCCGAUUAGCGUCCAUGUCUUUACGGAGGACGCGAGGGAGUACGGCUCGCAUGCGCGACAGGGGAUGUCGGCUGAUGGGGGCUGUGUCCGUGCGACGCAUGCGACAUUUCAAAGCGACGGGGCGAGCGACGGAGCAAGCGACGUUUUCGCGUUUUCCGCACAACGGAAGUCCUCUCAACCGCUGAUUGACAUCAACCACCCGCCUUCUGCGCUCUAUGACUCCACGUCACAGGAUUCCUCCCAGGCCCCUGCGACUCCCGCGGCGAGCGACGGCUCUAAACCUGUCGUCUCCCACGGCGUCAACAUGUUUUUCGUUCGCGAUGACGUCGCAGACGCGUCGCACGGUCUCGCUACUGCGACAGCCGCUCGCACGCACCCUGCCCCCGUCCCCGUUAAUGCCGUUUCUGGCCCGCGGCCCCCCGCUCCUAGAUCCGCUAUCCCUCACAGCCUUCGCCUUCCAUCUGCUGCCACCAGCAGCAACAGUGACUGCGGCUACCCAGAAGGAGAAGGGCCAGAGGAAGGGGAAGUGUGCGAUAAUUCGAGAAGGGCGCAUGUUGGAAAGAAAGUUUGUCUGAGGCACGAGGAGCAGCAACUUUGGAAUAAAGUGGAUGAAGAUGAUGUGGUGCUUGGAGCUGAGCUCCUUGUCUCACUGUUUGGCAGCUGCCCAGUGUAA